UGUUUUCAAGCUGCCGCGUUCGAUUAAGUCUAAAUGCAAUAUCCACAUAACUUGUUUCAGUUUAUAUUAAAUUAUGUUCACCUAAUCUACGAUUUUUAAAAUUAGCUAGCCGUGGAUUUCGGACUUUACGGCUUUCGUGCGUCUAUAAAUUAGAGUGAAGCGUUUGCAUUACAGCAGAUUAAUCGUUUUGAUAUAAAGUUACAUGAAGUGAGUCUAACGUGUUUUGCUGUGAAUAAAGUUUAAGAUAUUAGCAUUAGCUAACUGCACCGGGGCCUCCCACAAACCGCUAGGCUGUGUUUAGUUAGCGGACGUGUUUGAAUCUAGCAAAAAACAAAUCUUUACCUUAACCUUUUGAGGGAAACUAAUCGAACAAAAACAUUUGAAUUAAAGAAACGUGCCUGGACAUUAUUGUGGUUAGAAUAAGUUUAGUCCCAACGUCACCCUAUUACUUAUUAUUGUUCGUGAACGUGAUGUAAAUGCAGCACUUUAGAUGAUAAUACUAGACGUAAGUGCUCCUGUUUGAUAAAGUUUUAGACAUGGAUUUCAAGGAAAGCGUCACUAAGGAAGAAGGAAGGAACGUGGCUCAUGCAGCUCCAGGAAAAGAAACGCAAACUAAACAGACCUUUUCCGACCAUAAACCUUUAUCUGCCAAUUCGAAGAUGAUUUGUGACCAAAAGACCAGCCUCCAGCCUCCAUGGAACUCCUUUGACUAUUUUACUAAUUUUAAAGUUGAGAUUGUGAACAGUUGUGCUCAAAAAAGGAAAUUGGAGCUUUCCAGUUGUGACGACGGUUAUGAGACCCCGUCCAAAAAGGUCUCGUUGGACUCAAACGUGGAUGAUGUCUCGUGCCUCAGUCCUAUUAGCACUAAUGCCGAUACUGCCGUCAAAGGCUCUGAUGCAGUAAUUAGCUGCCAAAAUAAACCUGGACAAAAACUGAAAGAAACACAUCCACAGAUGGAAAAGCAAGAAAAGAUGAAGGAAAACACAAAUGUGGACGAGAAAGAGGACAAAGGUCAUUUCUCUGUGAGCUGCACAGGUCAACUACCUACAGAACAGCAAGAAUCUACCACUGAUAGUGGUUUAUAUUGUAAUGGUUCUGUGCUGGUGUUAGAUUCUUGGGACUUACAUGUAGGGGGUUUUGAAGAGGUUCAGAGCAUCUCACACAUUGGUCCCCCAAUAUUUGAAUCCACAAUGUGUUGCGGUGAUUCUGGAGAGUUGUCAUUUAAGGAACUUCCUAGAGCUAGUACUGAUUUCAUUGACAGUCAUCAUGAUGCUCAGGAAGAUGAUGUUGGGGACACCAGUACUGAAGCUACCUUGCCUUUAAACGUUAAGGUAAAAUCAGUUGUAGUGGUGCCCAACCCUCAGACUACCUGCUUUAAAGCAGAUCCGACUGUACUGGACCAGAACCAUGUCAACCUAAGCACAGGGGAGAAAGUAUUCGAAAGUGCUGCCAGUAAACACAGGAGUCAAAGGGAUGCAGUUGUGAAAGAAGAGUUGACCUGGGAGCAGCAGAAAAAUCAAUAUGUUAAUCUGGUCACCAAACAUAUCAAUGGAAAAACAGAAAAUCAGGAUGUGAUGACUGAGCUGCUCAGCCUCAUGACCCAGGUUGCGGACCAGGCACCAGUUGGUGACACAGCUUGGCAGCAUCCCUCCAAUCUCACCAGAAGGAAUUACCAGAGGCUCUUUGGAUUCCCAACCCCCAAAAUGUCCCUCCAGGACUGGCACACUAAAAACGGUGCACACAAGCGCUUUGCAGCAAUCCCUAGUGUCUUCAAACGAAGUCCGUUGCCAUAAACGUUAUAGACUGGCUGAGGUGGAUAGAAAGGACUUUCAUUGUGAUUGUUGGACUGUUUCUUCUAACAAGUUUUUUUUUCUUUGUAUGUUGGUGUGCUGUCUCUUAAUGCAUGUAACUUUUAUAUGUACUGUAAAUAAUUGUGUGGGUUUUGGUGUUCAGGUAAUUAUGCCUUCGGGAAUGUGCUCUUUGUGGUGCGUCUUGACUAUUAUGUGUUGUAUUGUAUUUUCACCAUUUUAAAAUUUUCUGCACUUUUGGUGUUGAUCAAGCUAUAAACUUUGUAAGUGUGUAUUGUCUCAAUGCGAUUAGGGCAAUCAACAUACAGUCACCCAGCGUACUUGAUGGCCCCGAUGGCAACCUCCCUUCUUUUUGUAGGCCUCUUACACUGACUGCAGCUACCAACGUCUUUCCUCUAGGCUGGUAGAAAUAUUAAGCUGUCGCCCACAAACAGUGCUGUAGGCAUUAGGUUAGCAAAAAUAGUGCGGGUCAGAUUGCUCAUUUUUCAGCCUAGAUUAUAAGGGAAGGUUUCUCCUUAAUGUCCUUGCUUAUGGCUGUCUGGCAUUUCUACAAGGUGGUUCUGCUGAUUAAGCACUUUUAUUAAAGUCUACACUGUUUACUUUGCA